UUCUACUUCCGCUGAAAGUGAAACCCCAGAAACAUCUAGAAAGAUGCGCCGGGAAACUUCAAGUAAAACUUUGGUGAAAAGUUGACUUUUGUCGAACUGCAGGAGACGAAGUGUUUCGCUCUGUGAAGGUGAAGUGACGGAGACAGACGAGGCCUCAGCGAAUACGUCACUGACCUUUGAGCAGAGCACCUGGCCUGUGUGGGUGGGACUGGGCCUGUGAUGGAUAGACUGAAGCUGUUACGCAUAGACGAGGAGCUGGACUCCUCUGAGGUGGCAGCACUCUGCUUCCUGUGUCUUGAUGUUGUCAACAAGAAACGCCUGGAGGGGAUCAAAGAUGCAAGACAGCUGUUCUCGAGACUAGAAGAAAAGGGUGUGCUGGAAAACAGUUUUUUCCUUUCUCAGCUGCUCCAAACUAUCCGUCGAACAGAUCUCCUCAGCUACCUGGAGACAGACAGCAGGCCACCAGAGGAAACGGAUGCAAGUCCCACCCUGUCAACUUACAGGGUGAUGCUGUACGACAUAUACAACGACAUGACUCAGGAGAAUCUUGAGAAGAUUAAGUUUCUGUUGAGCACCAAGUUAUACAGAAGACAAACAGAGGCCAGCGAUACAGCCCUGGAUUUAUUCAUUAAAAUGGAAAAUACCGGUAUACUGUCAAAUACAAAUCUCCACGAGUUGCUCGAAGCACUGCAGGAGACGGAUCAACAACUGGCCUCGACUCUGCAGCAAUACAUGGACCAGAUAAACCAACAGAAUCAGACGAGAGUACAGCCUCAUGUCAGUAUGGAUUACCAGCCGGUCGACAACAGGUCUUUACAAACUCAACUGUCCAUAUCUGAGUCUCAGCCCAGUUAUGACAGAGGUGGAAUUCACUCUGAUGCAGAACCAAAUGAAGAGCCGUCCUCUCCUUCUGACGAGGCUGAGUACUAUCCUCUGACACAUAACCCUCGUGGUCUGUGUGUGGUCAUAAACAAUGAGAACUUCCAGGGAUCACAGCUGAGAAAUAGACCUGGAACUCAGGAGGAUGAAAAGGCUCUGUAUUCAGUGUUCGGCCGCCUUGGCUUCAAGUUGGUGAUUCUGAAUGACAUGACUGCCGGCGCCAUGCGAAAGGAGCUAAAGGAGCUGGGCAAAAUGAACUUUAUUGAUCAUGAUGCCUUGGUGGUUUGUGUGCUCUCCCACGGAGAAAUGGGAUGUGUCUAUGGGAUUGAUGGGCAGGAGGUGUCACUGCGAGAACUGACAGAGCCCUUCACGAGCAGGAGAGCCCAGACCCUGGCAGGGAAGCCCAAGCUGUUCUUUAUACAGGCGUGCCAGGGAGGUGGCUAUCAGGGAGGAUCCCUGCCGUGUCCCCCGACACCGAGACAGGAAGAGGAGGUCAAACCGAGUCCCCUGGAGGAAGACGCAGGCCCCAUCCGUGGCGAGACGGUGCCUUGGGGCGCUGACUUCCUGCUAGGCAUGGCCACCGUGCCUGAGUGCAAAUCGUUUAGAAACACUAUCACAGGCUCCAUCUACAUCCAGGAGCUGUGCAGUCAGCUGACCCUAUCAGCAGAAAGCCGGAAGGAGGAUGACAUACUCACUGUUCUGACACGUGUGAACAGGAACGUGAGCAAAAAAGAUUAUUUGAACCACAAACAGAUGCCGGAGCCCAAAUACACUCUGACCAGGAAGCUUGUCCUCAAAUUUGUGUGAGCUGCAAUCAAGUGCAUUUCUGCAGAUGUGCCAGAUUCCCUCAUCCGUGCAUUUGUUUGUUUUUUUUGGGGGGUGUUUGUAUGUGAAUGGUCUCUGUACUAUACAGAUGGUAGAUGAUUUAAAUGUAUGCAUCUUUUUUGUUAUCCUAAGAAGCUGAUAUCUAGAGAGAAUAAAUCACUCUGGCAAAUUAAAAUGCUUUUUUUUAAAAAUAAAAGUCUUUCGGUAGAAAAGUAAUUUUUGUAACAUAAAGAAACAAUGUGGGAUGAGGUUGUAUUGUCAACUUUUGCCAUAACUACAUUAGUAAAUGUACAUUGAAUGUUUUAAAGAUUCACACUGGGAAAGGGAUCCCUCACUUGUGUCUCUCCCUAACGUCUCUGUGUUUGUCUGCCUUGUAUUGAUUGACAAGUCCUAUGAGGCAAAUAGGUAAUAUGGGUUCUACAAAUGAAGUAUUAUUGAUUUGAUUGAUUAUAGAGCACAGCAACAGUUAACAAAGCCAAUGUUGUUGAGUUGUGUAUAAAUUAUAGUUCUGCACUCAUCUUUGAUUUUUUUCAACAUUUGUGUAUUUGAAAUUACAUCCGCUGCAGUCAUCAUUUUCUUAUGUUAUACUUUGAAUCGGUGGAGGAGGUACUGAAACAUUACACUUAAAAUAUCAAAUAAAACCCAAAAAGUAUGAAGAA